CUGCCGAUUUUGCUUAUCCCCAUUUUAUUGAAUAUUCCAAUUGACUUUUCUAGUAGUCGUAAUUCGUAUAUCACAAUUGGGAUCGUUACUGUCGCCCUAAUUAUUAUGUCAGAUGACAAUAAAGCGGAGCUGAAAAUCAAGCCAUGACAACGCAGACUUGUCGCCAUUGGUAACUCGACGUGGUUACCGACGUCGAAUGUGAGCCUUACCAACGCAACAGGCAGGUACCAAGCUUCUGAGUCACAGCCUAAAGUAUCGAAGAUAUUGCUUCUAAAUAUUGAUAUAUAUAUAUCACAUCAUCUCCCCAUAAAUACCCAUAAACACGACUUCCCGCCUGCCGGAGUCCCGCACCCCCGCCUCGAACCAACCCAAGAAAAAUCAGGCAACCAGCCGAACCACCAUGGCCAAACCCACCGUCUGCGUAUUUUGCGGUGCCUCGCCCGGCAAAUCCCCCGCCCAUCUAGCUGCGGCCCGCGCGCUCGCCACCUAUUUCCAUGAGCACGGAAUCAACCUCGUCUACGGCGGUGGCACCACUGGGCUCAUGGGAGAGCUGGCUCGCACUUUGGUCUCCCUUUCCGGACCCUCCGCCGUGGAAGGGAUCAUCCCCGCCCCACUAAUGGCCCAAGAGCAGCGCGCCGCGGAGACGGUGACGAUCAUGCACGAGGGCCGCCAGAUAGCCGUCCCUGACGAGGCAAUCUACGGCACAACGACAGUAGUGCCAGACAUGCAUUCACGGAAACGGGAGAUGGCUCGACGGGUUGUAGAGGGUGGGGACGGGAGCGGGUUCGUGGCGAUGCCGGGGGGGUAUGGGACGAUGGAGGAGCUGAUGGAGGUGGUUACCUGGAACCAGGUGGGGAUCCAUGAUAGGCCUGUUGUGGUGUUUAAUGUAGAGGGGUAUUAUGAUGGGGUGUUGGCGUGGAUUAGGGAUGCGGUGGAGGCGGGGUUUGUGAGGGAGGGGCAGAAGGAUAUUUUGGUUGAGGCGAGGACGGCGGAGGAGUGUGGGACGAGGUUGAGGGAGUAUGCGGUUAGUGAUGGGAGGUUGGAUUUGAAGUGGGGGGCGCAUUAGAGGUUGUGUAGUUGGCCAGGUUGUGGAUGAGAUCUUUUGGAUUUGAGCUCGGUUUGGAACGAUGGUUGUAUAGUACAGAUAGGUAACUCAACUCAGAAAAUUAUAUUACUUGCCACUCAGGUGCUUUUAUAUACUGAUAUAGCACACUGGAUAGGGAAAAAUCUUCCUCUACUCCUCUUGGCAGAAAUCUUCUUAGC